AUGAAGGCAUACCACAGAAAGGCAACAGAAAGGCUCCUAGCGAUGGACAUGUCCCAAGCACCAGAGGGCAACCUCAUCCCCAGAGGCGCGCUCCAGCCCGCCGGCAACGCAACACCGCUGAGGCCACCGGCACUGGAUGGCGAGGCCAGUGCCCCAGGGGUGAAGGAGGCACCCCCGGGGCCGUGUUGGGCCGAGCUCGACAGGUCCCUCGACCAGUGGAAGCACGUGACUCGGAGCCCCAUUCCGCGCUGGCAAAGGUUAGAAGUAGGAGAGGCGCAAAGCGUCUGGUAG